AUGGAGGACCUGUACAAGGACAGCAUUCCUGUGGAGAUGGAUCAUACCCAGAGUGAAAUUUGUAGUGCUGUAGGAGCAGGGGGUGAUGGGAUAGGGAAGCUCAAUACUGAGGGCAAUCCUGUUAUCUCUGCUGAGGCCUGGAACCCUAGCUCACCCACCCUCACAAAAAGGGCUCUUUCCCCUCUGGUAGGUGUCCAGGCUAGCCCUGUUGUGGCCCCAGCUGCUGACUCACCAGGAGGAGUGGCUCUCAAAGUGGCCACCACUGUCCUUCAACCCAUUUGCCUAGGGGAGAGUCCAGUUGUGUUGCCCAUCUUGGCUGGAACAGCUACGCCUCAUGUUGGGCAAGUAGGGGCAGCCCCUUACCUGGUGACCAGCCAAGGCUCUAUGUCUUUGCCUUUGGUCCUGGAGCAGCAGGUCUUUCAGCACGUAAGCCCCCAGCUUCUCCAGCAGACUGCCCCCUGCCCUGCUCUCUCCCUUCAGAACAAUGCACUUUGCCAGAAUGCCUCACUGUCCCUCACUGCACCUCCAUCCUUGGACCAGAAAGGCACUAGUCCUGUGCUGGAUGCUAGCCUCUUGACCCUCCUUCAGAAUCCCAACUUUGCUGCCAUUCUGCAGGACCUCUUUCCCACCCAGGGUAAUAGCUCUGCCAACUGUAAUGUGGCUCCUUCUCCCCAGACUGAUCCCUUCCCAACUACCUUCCUUCCUCCACCCCCUUUCACACAUCCCUGCAGUUCCCCUCUUGCUCCUCUAGUACCUCCUGCCACCCUGCUCAUUCCCUACCCAGUAGUUGUGCCACUUCCAGUACCCCUACCCAUACCUAUCCCAAUCCCCAUCCCAGUCUCCCUGGGUGAAGACUCCAAGGUGGGUACCGAUCCUUCAAAACCUGCUUGCACUUUCAGCAGAAGCACUCAGACCAAGACUGGUGACAUUUCCCUUCAUGUGACAUCACCCAGCAUGGAACUCUCUCAACAGCCCCCACUCCCUCCAGCAUCUCUCUCAGUUACAGAGGGAGAGAUUCUAGAUCUGUCCGUCAAAGCCCGUCCACAUCAAACCAAACAAGAGGUCCAACAGGUUCAGCAAGAUACUGUCCUUGACCUGUCUGUGCCCAGUGUUAGGAAAAUCCAAUCAUGUAUUCAAUCAUGCAACACUCAAGGGGCAGUUGUGUCAGAGCGAGAGCAAGUCUGUCUCUCCAGUGAUGAGAUUGGUGGUGGCAAUGCCUUGGCUUUGGGAGUUCUGCGGCCAGUGGACUGCACGCCUAAACUGGACUCAAACCUCUUGAGUGGUCUGGCGUCUUUAGAGUUCAGCCGACAGCAUAAAUGGGUGGUGGACAGCGGAAGCAGUAAUACCAUCACUGGGUCCGUCCAUGAAGCAACGCUCGGAAGGAGUGGCAAUAUUGAGAUAGUUAGCACUUCACAGACUGCAAAGGUCAUAGUGUCUGUGAAGGAUGCUAUGCCUGCAAUCUUUUGUGGCAAACUCAAAGGAUUGUCAGGAGUCUCAACCAAAAACUUCUCCAUCAAGCGGGAUGCUAGCCAGGGAGGGUAUGCGGCUUUACCAAGGGCACAGAGUGACCAGCGGAGUGAAUCCAAUGACUCACUAAAAAAGAUCCCGAAAAACCGCGCCAUCAAACUAAAGAAAGUCAGCUCUCAGGAGUUCCAUAUCCUGCCCAUAAAAAAACAGCGACUGGCUGCAUUCCGACCCAGGAAGUGA